GGAUGGAGCUGCCGUUCCCGCUGCUGUGGACGAUGGCAGGACUCAUGUUGAUGCCUCCCCCUGGGGAAAGUACCGCCCAGCCCAGAUGUGACUUGUAUUCUCUACCUGGAUGUCCAAGGAACUUUAAUCCAGUUUGUGGGACUGAUGGAGAAACCUAUGCAAAUGAGUGUAUGCUUUGUAUGUCGAACAGAGAAUACAACAAGGAAAUACAAAUUGCUUAUAAGGCUUCAUGUUCAUGAGAUUAGCUUCCAAGAGGAGAACACAUGUAACCGGCAUAGAAGUUGAAAUCUGCCUUCCAUGCUGCCAAAAUUAGAGCUAGCCCAUUUGUCCUUAUCCAACUUGUGAAUUUGCUUAUUAC